AUGAUCCUUGUGGCAACAAACAGGUUUAUGACCAAUCCUGACAAGAAGCCUCUUUUGCUGUGGCUGCAAAGUAGCCCCGGUCAGUCUGCGCUGUUCGGCCAAUUCCUGGAAAACGGUCCCCUGGGAAUUAACGAAAGGGGAGCAUUGUACCGUAGAAAUCACAGUCUGAUAGCUAACUUCAACAUCAUCUACUUGGACCAGCCUGCUGGAUCGGGAUACAGCUUCGACAAAACAAACCGCUACGCCGCCACACUGGAAGAAUCAUCCGUGCAAAUCAUCAGUUUCCUCAGGCGGUUCCUCCAAAUUUUUCCGGAGUACAAGAACAGACAGUUUUUCGUCGCUGGAGAGUCCUACGGAGCUAGGUCAGCGAUCGGAGUGGCCCACAAAAUGCUGACGCGGCAACCGCAGGAGCUCCCUUUGCGCUUGAAAGGAGCAAUGCUUGGCGCUGGCUUUGUCUUCCCGCUUUUAGAAAUCAUCAAUUCAACCGAUUACCUGUAUUGUUCGGGUUUGUUGGAUGAACAAGGUCGCACUAGGUUUGCCCGUCAAUUACAAAAAAUACAGGACUUCGUCGACACUGGGAAUUUUACUGCGGCUGCUGGAUUACUGUGUGGAACAAUCCUCAACAUGCAUUCAGUUGCAGAAGAAAACCUAUUCGAGGAGCUGACGGGCUUCGAGCACCAAGGAAGCAUUGUGAGACCACUCAUGGCGAGAGAGAUUGAGAGAUACAUCGAAUACGCAAACAGUACGCUGUUCAAGAGGCUGGUUCACAUCGCCUCUUCCAGAAUCCUCGACGUCACACGGUCUCAGGUAGAAAUGACGCUGGCUGUAGGAGACUUCUUCACAGACAAGACGGCCGUAUUAGUAGAAGUGCUCAACAAGCUUCACGUCCUCUUCUACACGGCACAGCUCGACGCCUUAUUUCCGGCAAAAAACAUUGAACGCUCCUUUGAGAAAUUAGCAUGGAGAGGGUCAGCAGCGUUCAAAACAGCUAUGCGAAGGCCUUGGCACGAGGGAAAUACUCCGACUAAUAAACUCCUGGGUUACGAGAAAACGGUAGGCGCCGUUAUGUACAACACCGUGCUCUUUGCCGGUCAUGACAUAUCACUCGAUCAAUCGGCGGCUGUAAGCGAUAUGUACGGUCGCUUUCUGAAUUUCAUUGCGAUGGGGCCUAUGAAUGUGUCCCGCCAUAAAUGCGGUACCAGUGAGCAGUUUUGCUGAACAAGUGCUAUUUAAAAAUAGCGAACCGUGAACUCAUACAUGACCCAACUGCCCCUGGCGUACG